AUGUCCUCAAACAAAAGUACCAAUUCUUCAAAUUCUUCUUCCACCUAUUCCAAUAAUUCUGAUAAUAGUAACCAACAAUCUAUCAAUGAUUAUAACCGACGUUAUGAAAGACGCAGACAAGCGAAUCGUGUAGUUGAUCGGAUGAUGGAUGAGUUCAUGCUUGCGAAUAAUCCAUUUGAAUUUUUUCAAAUAGCUAAUCAAGUUCCAAGAGCACCAAGGGUUCUUGUACAGAGGAAUCGUGAUGACGGAAAUGAUCGUUUGUGGAAUGACUAUUUUGUUGACCAACCGGUGUUCCCCCCAUCUUUAUUUCGUCGGAGAUUUCGCAUGAAAAAACAUGUGUUUCUCCGUAUAACGCAAACUUUGGAAGAACGUCACGAGUUCUUUCAGCAAUGUCCGGAUGCUACCGGUAGACUCGGUGAAUCAUCAUUGCAAAAAUGCACUGCGGCUAUGAGGUUGCUAGCGUAUGGUACCGCUGCUGAUAGUGUUGAAGACUACUUACGGAUCAGCGCAUCUCUUGCGCGAGAUUCCUUACAACAUUUUGUUGAAGGGAUUGUGUCUUACUUUAGCGAUGAAUACCUCAGAAGGCCAACGGAAGCGGAUAUAGCAAGACUUUUACAAAUUGGAGAAGCAAGAGGAUUUCCAGGUAGUUGUAAUGAUAUCAAUGUUCUUGAUAGAUCUACAUUAUUUACAGAUGCUUUUGAAGGUCGUGCACCACCUAUUAAUUAUGUCGUGAAUGGCCACCAAUACAGUAUGGGAUAUUAUCUCACUGAUGGUAUAUACCCAAAAUGGGCAGCAUUUAUUCCCACGAUAUCCCUCCCCCAAAACGAAAAUGAAGGCCUUUUUGCCAAGUUACAAGAAAAUCGACGAAAGGACGUGGAACGUGCAUUUGGGGUACUUCAAGCUCGUUUUGAAAUAAUUCGUCAACCUGCACUAGCUCGUAAUACAUCAAUGCUUGGAUAA